CAACACUAAAACAUAAUGAUUUUCUCUAAAUAGCAUCAAAUGUAUUUUUUCCAGUGAUGUGGCAGUGCGAGGGAGCCAACCUGCACGCCACUACACAUGCUCUAAAAGGUGUAGCAGCAGAGGGCGAAAGGGUCACCAGGAGGCUACAAGCCAGUGGGAGAAAAAAUGUUGUUGAGUCAGCGAGAGCGGUGGUUGCCGCCGAAGAUGGGCGGUGCUCUGAAAUUGGGGUGUCGAUCCUUAAAAUUGGCGGCCAUGCGGUGGAUGCAGCGGUUGCGACUGCUCUAUGUCUCGGGGUUGUCAAUCCCGGUUCCAGUGGGAUUGGCGGCGGAGCUUUCAUGCUCGUCAGAUCUUCUUCUUCUUCACGGAUAGAGGCGUUUGACAUGAGAGAAACUGCUCCGUCAGCUGCUUCAAAGGACAUGUACAAGAACAACGAGACUUCCAAGGAUAAGGGAGCACUUUCAAUAGGAGUUCCCGGCGAAUUAGCUGGUCUUCAUGAGGCUUGGUUGAAACACGGCCGUCUCCCUUGGACUACUCUAUUCCAACCAGCCAUAAAACUUGCUAGGCACGGGUUUCGCAUUGCUCCAUAUCUAGCAUCCAACAUUGCAAAAAACAAAAAUCUUAUAAUGAAUGACACUGGGUUGCGCCAAGUAUAUGCACCAGAUGGGAAGUUGUUACAAGAGGGAGAUAUAUGCUACAAUGUGGAACUUAGCAACUCCCUAGAGGCAGUUGCAGGACAAGGACCUAAGGCCUUGUAUGACGGCCUGAUUGGUGAAAAAUUGGUAGAAGAUGUGAGAAAAGCUGGCGGGAUACUGACAAUGAAUGAUUUAAGGAACUAUGCAGUCAAAAUUACUGAUCCUGUUGCUGUCAAUGCUUCGGGAUAUACUAUAUUCGGCAUGCCACCUCCAUCAAGUGGAACUCUUGGUCUCUCCCUGAUUCUCAAAGUCUUAGAAGGCUUUCCCAAUUCGGAUGCUGCAAAAGGUCCUCUGGGUCUGCAUCGUAUGAUCGAAACGUUGAAACACAUGCUCGGGGUGCGAAUGAACCUUGGUGACCCUGAUUUCGUCGAUGUCAGUAGCACCAUCUCGGACAUGCUUUCCCCUUCUUUUGCAAAGAGAAUUCGACGGCGGAUAUAUGAUAACACCACUUUCCCAUCUAAAUACUACAUGCCGAGGUGGAGUCAACUUCAAGACCACGGAACGAGCAACUUCUGCAUUGUAGAUGGAGAUCGAAAUGCUGUGUCAAUGACAACCUCAAUUAACUUUGCUUUUGGAGCUGGAGUUAUGUCUCCUUCAACGGGCAUUCUGCUCAAUGACGAAAUGGGAGAUUUCUCAAUACCUACCGAAGUAUCUCCCGAUACGCUCCCUCCCUCUCCAGCCAAUUUCAUUAGUCCUAACAAAAGGCCAUUAUCCUCCAUGACCCCCAUCAUUAUUCUUAAGGAUAAUCAGUUGGCUGGUGUGAUUGGAGGUAGUGGCGGGAUUAACAUAAUUGCAGCAGUGACCCAAGUUUUCAUUAAUCACUUUGUGUUGGGCAUGAAUCCCUCUGUAGCAGUUCAAAGUCCAAGAGUUUAUCACCAGUUAAUUCCGAAUGUAGUGUUGUAUGAAAACUGGACUGUCAUAGACGGCGAUCACAUUGAGCUUUCGGAUGAAAAAAAGCAUUUCUUGGAAGAAAGGGGUCAUCAGCUACAGGCACAAAAUGGAGGAGCAAGCUGCCAAUUUGUUGUUCAAAGCCUACCAAAACCUGGGGAAGUGUUGGGCGUGCUCACUGCUGUGAGUGAUCCCAGGAAAGAUGGAAGUUCUGCUGCCAUCUGAUGACACUCACAUCCCUUGUUCCUGAAUUUGUGCAUCUGUUUGGCCUAUUGAAUAAUGACAUAUUGCAUAA